UCACAAGCAACAAUAUAUCACAAAACAACACAAGUACUUUUCGCAGAAAUAAAUGUCAAGUAUGAUUUCAAAAGCAUAUCUUGGUGGGAUGUUAGUGCAUUUGCAUAUGGUGUUUGUAGACAAACACAGAGUUAGGAUGGGUUUGGUGCUGCCCCACAAAUCUAUCUCUCUUUCUCUUUUUCUCUGUCUUCCUGCUUCUUUUCUGCCUGCCAGUGUCCGUUAUGGAUCAAGGUCAAAACUUCAACAGAGCAUACCACUGGGACACUUCUGAUUGGCUGCCGAGCACACGCUUACCAGACAUCGAGGAAGUCCCCACCUAUGAGACGGGUGAAGUGGGUGUGGCCUUAGAAUCUGACUAUUACCUUGGCGGAUUCGAUAUCGAUAGCGACUACCCGCCUCCUCAGGAGGAGGAGUUUAUGUCCCAGGACCAGCUGCCUCCGCCCCUUCCCACUGAGGAAUACGACACCUCACCCGCCAAUCAACCCGUUUCCAGGGAGAGCACUCUGAGCGGGGACCGCAAGCCCCGCCCACACUUUCACCCCAGCCAAUACCUGCCUCCGCAUCAGCUGCCACUCGGCUCUGCGGGGGAGGAGUUUAGCACUUUUACAAGCAGGGAGGAGCGUCUGUCCGUCAAUGCCUCCUCUGCCUCCGACGUAUCCUCUGUGCCCUGCGGGUUUGAAGACUCUGAGACGGGAGGAAGCUUGGAUAGUUUGGAGGACACGCACAUGCACCCACAUACACAGCAGACUGAGGUCUGACACGCCACCUGCCAACUACAGACAAAGUUAGUGACGUCAACAGGACGUGUUUUCCCACAUAAAAGACACUAAACUCUUCGUCUGUCUCAGUUGUAAGACAGAUUCGGUCUGAAGACUAACUCUCAGUGCUGCCCUCUGCAUGAGCAGCUCAAAUAUAAAAGCACAGGAAGUGGAACUGGAAGUGAUGUCAUGGUUGGGGACCAGACAAUUAAAGCAACAAGAAGCGUCAUAUUGAACGGAGACCAAUGAUCUGUAGACAUGUUUUCAGAAAUCGCCUGGUGCAUUUCAUUGUUGCUUCCAGUUCCUGAUUUGUUUGGUGCUGUGUUUGAAAUCUGGAUCUGUCCUAAAACCUAGUGAGCCGCCUACCUAGACGAGAUUUUGCUGCCUUCUAAGAUACAAAUUGUAAGCUUAAAUAAUUUUUUUUAGAAUUGCAUAAAAUAAAAUCCUUUUUUAAUUACAUAUUUUAGAUUAUUAAUGCAAGGAAUAAACUUACAUCUACAUAGAAUAGAGAAUGGCAAUCAACAAUAAUGACAUUAAACAAAAUACUAAAAGUAAUAGAAAUAAAAAUUAUAUACAAAGCUAUUACAUUUUAUUUGUGAUUACACUUUUUUUUUAUUUAUGCAGAAACAAAACUUAGAAUUACAUACAAUGAAGUAUGAAAACAAUUAUAUACUAAUAGUAAUACCAAACCUACUGUAAGUAAAUACAAAACAAUACAUUUGUUUUGUUUAACUUCAGUUUAGAUAUUUUUUAUUUGAAUUGUAUAAAGUGAAAUCCUUUGUACUUAGACUUUUUUAUUUAUGCAUAAACAAAACUUAGAAUUGCGUACAAUAAACCUAAAUUAAAAUUAGAAUUUUAAAUACAGCAUAAAUAAAGUAGUAGCUCACAUAUACAACCCUGAAUGCAUUGUAAAAGAAAAAAAACCUUAUCCAAGAUGAAGAGAUAUACUCAUUUAAUUCAGAAAAAUAUUAAUAAAAAUAAUGUAAUUUAAAAAUGACUUUUAGUUAUGCAAUAUUUGUGUAAGUUCAUACACACUCUACUGAAAUCAAAUGUGACUCAAGGCUCAAAUUAAGCUAAAAAUAAAUCAAUAAACCAGCCUAAGGGGGUCUUCAGGUCUUAGCUGGUUUAAACUGGUUCAACUGUUUUCCCAGCAAGCAGAUGUUUAGCUAAUGUUUCCCAAAUGCCCAAACCCCUUCUAAAACCAUCCAAAAAGUCCAGCUUGGCCAGGCUGGGAGACCAGCCAACCACCUUAGGCUGGUUUCAGCAGUUUUUUGUGUUCAGCGGGGGGGCGCUUUGCAUCAAACUUGGCAGUUGAGUUGCUUUCUUUGUAAACCGUUCCAAAUCGCUCACUUAUAAGGGUCCAUUUGAGUUCGGAUGCCACCUUAGAAGGCAGCUCACUAGGUUUUGCAGCCGAUCUUGUCUGUGUGCACAGGUGGACAUAUAUAUGAAACCGUUUUCUAUAAACAGUCAAAAAGCACACAAGUUUUAUGUAUCUUCCCAAUAUUUUUUUUUUUUUUAUAAAUGCAUUUACUUUUUUGCACUAAACUGAUGGAUAUGUUCAGACUUACAGCGGCCCUGUCUAAAAUAAUCCUGUCAUGUCACAUUUAAGGCCCUGGACUGGUAGCAGCGUCGUCUUUUGUGUGAAGCAUUAGUGGGUCCUGAAUAGCACUAUUUUUCAAGCUGAUCGUUUUAGACGAGCGUUUUAAAGGAACGUGGGCAACUCUCUUCUGUAGCUUACGUCUCCUCUUAUUUUUGUCUUGUGAAAACAUCACGGUAACAUAUCAGAAAGCCAUAAGCAGAAGAAUAUCAUCAAUAAUGUUUGUGUUCGCAGGCACUUACAAUGCAAGAAUGACACAUGCCUGUAGCACACAGUCCAAAAACCUCAUCCGGUUCUCAAACGACCCAAACCAGAGAAAAUAGUGGAACGAGAGAGCGAAAGCAAUAACGGCAAGUCAGAAAGAAGGAAAUGCCAAGUCCUGAAACGGAAUACUGAAUAAAAGAUGCAGGGAAAGAAAAUGUAAAGAAAGUGAAAAUCAAUAAAAUAUAAAUCAAAAUGAGAACGAGGGAGGAGAGAGAGAGACGGAGACGUGAUACUGUGGACCAGCUUUGGAUUGGAAAGGCGUAUAGGCCUGAAGGGAACAGGACUGAGAUGUUUGGCGUGAGCUGAUUUCAGAGCUUGCACUGUCAUUUUGAAUGCCAUUGGGCGGAGCGUUUUUUGUAAAAGCUGUAAUUUUGACGGCAAUUGUUGUACAGUGUAUAUACGUAAGUUGUUCAAAUGCAGAUUUUGUAGAUAUUGAACUGCAAUCUUGGCAGGGUUUGUGCACCCAGCAGAUGAAAAGGACAAACACGCAAACUCACGUACUUUCGCUGGCAUUUUUAACAGAUUUGCGCAUCUUUUUUUGCAGCUGCUUUUUACCUUUUUUCAGAAUAUGUUUCUCCGCCCCUUUUUUUAAAUUGUAUUUUUGUUUCCAUUUCACCGUGUUUAUAUUCUAGAAAAGGGAAUUCCUCUACUCCUGAUGGAUUUGCGCAGGGGGUUUAUUUUUAUUCAUUUGUUUGUAUUGUUUUAAUUUCGUCUUUGAUUCGUUUUGUUUUGUUGACCGUGUAAAACAGUAUUAAAACAUGCUUGUUAUACUGUA